GGUAGACGUAUUCCCCAUCUACAAUGACGGACAUGUGGAGCUUGAAGAUCUGUGCCUGUCUGGGCCUUCUAUUACUUUUCAAACCCAUCGACUCCAUGGGAUGGCAAGGACCUAAAGUUGACUGUACGGCCAACGGAACUCAGACGGAGUGUCCUGUAGCAUGUCCUGAAACCUGCGAGUACUCCGGCAAUGGACCCUGCGUCAAGAUGUGCGGAGCUCCUUGUGUGUGUAAGCCGGGAUAUGUUAUCAAUGAGAGGAUUCCGGCCUGUGUUCUGCGAUCCGAUUGCCCAAAAGAUGUUGUUCGAAAGGAAGAUAUGCUACUGGGUGUAUCGAACUUUAAGUGCUUUAGCAGAAAUUACAACUGUUCAUAGAAAUUUAUUAGGAAGGCAGCUAAACUUUAAACUAAAUUACAAUAAAAUGUAAAUAAAUGUGUAGUAAAUUACAAGCUAUAAUUACAAGAUAAUUACAAAUAGUAAAAG